GGAGGCUGGUAGGUGAUAGGAGGUCGCCCGUAGGGGUGGUGGUUGCUUAGUGGUUGGUAUUGCUAUGGCUCCAGCUAUGGUCUCUAUAUCGCCAGCUAUGGGCGUCGCGCGGCGGUUAGUCUCUAGCGAAGAUGCAAUGAUGACCUUAGGAACGGCCGUUGUGCUGUCCGCGGCGUUGUCGCUGCUUCUGGCGUUAACUAUCUGCUUUAUCCUGUGUCUAUUUUUGGUCAGACUGGCGCUCACGGGCUGGCUCCGGCAAAGUCGAAGAAGGAGGAAGCAGUCGAUCUCCUCCUCUGUGUCCUCUAUGUCCUCCUCCUCCUCCUCCUCCCCCUCCCCCUCCUCGUCCUCGUACUCUUCCCAGGCCUUGGCUUCCUCCUUUCUUGGGGCCAAAGACGAAAGCGUAGCAGGAAGAAAAGAAGUCGACGAAAACUUUUCUGUGGCAUUUUUUCAUCCUUACACGAACGAUGGAGGUGGUGGGGAGAGAGUUCUCUGGUGCGCUGUUCGAGCUGUACAAGAGGAGCAUCCAUCCGCCAGAUGUCUGAUCUACACAGGGGACGAAAGCACGUGGAGCUCGCUCAAGGCGAGGGCGAGUGAUCGAUUCGGUGUACAUCUGCCUGGACCGGUUGAGGUGGUGAAGCUGCAUCGGCGACGAUGGGUGGAGGCAAGCACCUUUCCUCGUUUCACCCUGAUUGGACAGAGCCUUGGGUCUAUGGUUCUUGGGUACGAGGCCUUGAUGAGCUUCACACCGUCAAUAUUUGUUGAUACCAGCGGCUACGCUUUCACAUACCCUCUUGCGAAAAUCGCCGGUGCACAAGUGGCUGCGUAUGUCCACUAUCCAACGAUUAGCAGUGACAUGCUGGAGAGAGUGAAGCAGAGGCGCACAAUGUACAAUAAUGAAGAAAGAAUAGCAAAAAGUUGGGUACUCUCUUUUGGAAAGCUGCUCUACUACCGCUAUGUUGCACUUCUUUAUGGCUUGGGGGGUCAGUGUGCGGACGUGGUCAUGGUGAACUCACGGUGGACAGAGGCCCAUAUCCGCCGCCUAUGGGGAAACGAAACAGUUAUUCACAGAGUCUACCCGCCUUGCAACACUGAGGAUUUGCAGAAACUUCCUCUGGAAAGGUCAGGGCCAUCUAGGUACUUGGUAUCAGUAGCGCAGUUCCGCCCUGAGAAGGCACACAGCCUUCAGCUUGAAGCGUUUGCCAUGGCACUGCGCAAACGCCGCCCAGCAGAUGCAAACGAUCCUGCUCAUUCCUCCAGCAAGUCGCCUCACGAGGACGUUGAUGGAGUACCAAAUGUGCGGCUGCAGUUAAUUGGCAGUAGCAGGCAUGCAGAGGAUGAAGAAAGGAUAUCCAAACUGCGGGCACAAGCAAGAAAGCUGGGGAUACACGAUCGUGUUGAUUUUCUGAUAAAUAUACCAUACAGGGAACUCGUGAAGCGGCUUGGCGACGCCAUUGUGGGCCUGCAUUCAAUGAUCGAUGAGCACUUCGGCAUCAGCGUCGUCGAGUACAUGGCGGCGGGAGCAAUAACCAUAGCUCACAACUCCGGUGGCCCUCGUAUGGAUAUUGUAACACCUGAUGAAAAGGGGCAACGCACCGGAUUUCUCGCGACAGUGGCAGAGGAGUAUGCCGAAGCUAUUGAGAAAGUUCUCUCCAUGCCAGAAGAGGAGAGACUGGAAAUCGCCAUGGCAGCAAGGCAAAGGGCUCAGCUCUUCUCCGACACAGAGUUUAGCAAAGGUUUCAAGAGUGCAGUUCGGCCUAUCUUUGCCGUAUUUGAGAAAAAGCGCCAGUGAACGUGUUGAUGUACAUUUACUGGGAUCAAUUUAAUCGGAUUAGGUUUACAAUCUUUCUUAUCUUCCGUCAGGUUCCCUCUUGCUUGCCCUGGAAUGAAAUGAUCAGUCGUCA